AUGUUCCAUACUUAUACAUGCAACCUUCCCCCCCAUUCCCUUUUCCUCCCUUCCGCCAUCCAGCUCUUCCCCAAUGGAUUACAAGUGCAAGCAGACAUGUUCCAUGUGGGCAGCAAGGGGGGGGGCGAGGCCAUGGCAGCAGCCAUGGGGGUGCCCUUCCUGGGCCGAGUGCCCUUCGACCCCUCACUGGGCCGCGCUGCUGAGGAGGGCCGCUCCGCUGCUCCUCACCAUGGCGACGACGCCACUGCAGCUGAUGGUGGUAUCGGUGUUGCUGCUGCUGGUGGUGUUGGCGGGGAUGGUGGAGCAGCGAAUGGGGGUGUGCGGAAGGUGGAGGAGCUGUCACCGGGUGCGGCUGCGCUGGAGCGGAUAUUCAGCAAGAUUGUUGCCACCGUUGAGAGCAGCGCUUGCAGAUGA